AUGUCCGCCCCCGAGCGACGCACCGACGUCUUCGACGGCGUUCUCAUCCCCCCCGCGUCGACAUCGACCGCCGCGUGCGGGUACAAGUACUACCAAGACAGAAACAGAAAGUGGCCAUUUCACACCAACGCCCAGGGCGCGGCGCUGCUGGGACAGCUCUUCGACGACGCUCGACGCGUCAUCGCGGCGCUCGACGCCGCGAUCGCCACCUUGGCGCCCGAUGACGCGGCGCGGGAAGCGAUCGUGCGCUCGGGGGUUGAUAUUUACGCCAAGAAGCCGAGCAUACGCGAGCGGGACGUCACGUGGUCGCAGACGGAGUACGCGCAUCUCGGAUUACAGCGCGAAUACUGUCGAUUCAAGUCGGUGCAGAGAUUCACGGAAACGUGGGCGUGCCUCGAGCGCGCGCGCGCGCGAGGGGUGUUCGAGGACGUGGGUAAGGGCGGAGACGGGGAGACGCGGCGAGUGGCGUCGCUCGGCGGCGGACCGGGAUUCGAGUUGGUCGCCGUGCGAGAGUUUUUCAAGGCGCAUUUCCCGAGCGUGACGUUAGAUUUAGUGUCUUUAGAUCUGGAAGAGAGCUGGCGCGCGAGCGCCGAGGCGUUGGGGUUGCGUUUUUUUCAGUGGGACAUGCGAAGCGGUAAAGUCGCCGAGACGUGCGGCGGCGCCGUGGAUUUCGCGCUGGCGAGCUACGUGUACAAGAUGUACAUGUGCGAAGACGACGUCGCGGAUUGGUUCGCAGACGAACUCAAGGACAUGCACGCCGCGUUCAUCAUCAGUCGCGAUCAAUCCUUGAAGACGGCGCUGAUGGAAAAGCGAGGCGUCGACGUGCGCAAGCUCAUGGCUUUACAAACGCAGCGCGGCGACGACCGUCAGCUCGUCUUCUCUCGCGAUCGCGUCUUCGAAACGUGGUCGACGAGCACGAAGUCAGCGCACGCGCCGGAGUCAUCGAUGACGUUCCCGAACGUCCCGUACGAGGAACACAAAACCGGCGGCGGCGACCAACAUCGCGACCGCGACCGCCAGCGCGGUUUUCGCGGCGGCUGGGAUCGCCGCGACCAGGCGUACGUCGCGUCGCGAGACGCCGACCGCGUCGGCAAGUCUCGAGAUUCCCGUCGCUGGUGA